AUGCCCUGCAACGCCAUUCGCCUACCAACGAUGCGCUACUGCGUGCUCGCUUGUCUUUUGCUCAUCGCAACAUCGUCGUUCGUCGACGCCAAGAAGAAAACGGCGGCCGAUGAUGAGCUCGGCGAUCUUCUCGACAACAUCGACGCCGACGCCGCCGCCGAGGACAAAAAGAAAGGUAAAGUAGCCAAGAACCCAUGCGAGGACCAUCAAUGCGGUUGGGGAAAAGAAUGUGUCGUCGGAAAGAAGGGUGAGCCGGUUUGCGAGUGCAUUUCUAAGUGCCCAGAGCUCGAUGGAGACCCAAUGGACAAGGUCUGCGCUAACAACAACCAAACCUUCACCUCAUUGUGCGAUUUGUACCGCGAGCGCUGCUUGUGCAAGAGAAAGUCGAAGGAAUGCACGAAGAGCUCGAACGCCAAAGUCCAUCUCGAAUAUCUCGGAGAGUGCAAGAAGCUUGACGAGUGCACCGACGAGCUCAUGGCCCAAUUCCCAGAACGCAUGGCUGACUGGUUGUUCCAGGUGAUGAAGGAGUUGAAGAAGCGCCGCGAGUUGCACAAACUUGAAUGGGAGGAGUUGCUCCAGGAGGCCGAGAACGACGAUGAGAAGAAGCACGUCUAUCCGGUUAUCUGGAAGUUCUGCGAGCUUGACACCAAGCCACAGGACAAGGCUGUCUCCCAUCACGAGCUCAUCCCAAUCACCGCCCCAGUCAUUCCAAUGGAAUCUUGCAUCAAGCCAUUCCUCGAGGGCUGCGACGCCAACAACGACGGCAACAUCUCGAUCAAGGAAUGGGGAAAAUGCCUCGGACUCAAAGAGGGCGAGAUCCAGGAGAGAUGCUAA